ACUACGAGCGCGAGUUACGGUCGGACGCCGGACGCGGCAUGUGUCGGUCGCUCGUUUGAUUAACAAGUCUCCCCCAUCUAUUUUCAGCCCUAGGUACUUAUGGCAUCGUAUCUGUUCAUGUGCGAAAAUUGUCAUAGAAAAUAUUAAUAAGUGCGUAAAAUUAGGGCGAAAAUAUUGUAAUUGCGUGGAUAAUAGUAUUUCGGUUGCGAACGAUGCGUUACAUAAGUGCUGGAAGUUACAGUGUUGUCGAAAAUGAGCAUUUUGUGGCGUUGUAACCAGCUGAUGGCGGGUGAAAAUACUGGACAGUUCGUUAAUUUACCCGUCUAACGAUUACCGUUUUGUAUACCGGUAGGUGAAUUGUUCUCGGAGCGUUAACGAGGAGAAGGAGGUUUGUUUUUGACGUACGUUUAGAUUUUAAAAAUUAUAAAAACCAAACAUUGACCGGCUAAGUGUUUGGGCGUGCACUCGCAAGAGAACCUCUAGGCACUCCUUGUAUAAAUUAUUUUUUAGUCAUUUAUAAAUUAGAAACGUUAGUGCCGAAUAAUGAUAAUGAGAAAUUGUGUACUUUGACAUCGGUUAUUACAAUUCUGGAUUUUGGUGAAAUGCAGAGUGAUUGUGCGCGCCAGUGUGCAACCCCAGUGUAAAUAAUUGUGUUUUGGUGCUUAAAAGUUUUCGAAAACGAUGUCGACGACCACGUUCGUCGAUAGGAUUGACCCUUUCGCCAAAAGAUCCCUAAAGAAAAAGACUAAAAAGUCACAAGGCAGCUCUCGGUACCGUAAUUCGCAGGACGUUGAGCUUCAGCAGCUUCCUCUUCUGAAAGAUGUCUCAUCGACGGAGCAGGAGGAGCUUUUUAUUCGUAAACUCCGCCAGUGUUGUGUGCCAUUUGAUUUUAUGGACCCUGUGGCUGAUCUCAAGGGCAAGGAAGUUAAACGUUGUACUCUUAAUGAGUUAGUAGAUUAUAUUACCGGCGGUCGGGGAGUAUUAACUGAGCCCGUCUAUCCGGAAAUAAUUAAAAUGAUAUCGGCCAAUCUUUUUCGCACAUUACCACCUAGUGAAAAUCCCGACUUCGAUCCCGAAGAAGACGAUCCUACGUUAGAAGCCAGCUGGCCGCACCUACAACUAGUAUAUGAAUUUUUCCUAAGAUUUCUCGAAAGUUCCGAUUUUCAACCGACGAUUGGAAAACGUGUCAUCGAUCAAAAAUUCGUAUUGCAACUAUUAGAAUUAUUCGAUUCCGAGGACCCAAGGGAGCGGGACUUCCUUAAAACCGUACUUCAUCGUAUUUACGGCAAGUUCCUCGGACUACGCGCUUUUAUUCGCAAACAGAUUAAUAAUAUAUUUCUUAGGUUUAUUUACGAGACUGAACAUUUUAAUGGUGUGGGCGAGUUACUAGAAAUAUUGGGAUCCAUUAUUAAUGGAUUUGCACUACCUUUAAAAGCAGAACAUAAGCAGUUCCUUGUCAAAGUGCUCAUCCCCCUGCACAAGGUGAAGUGCCUGUCGCUGUAUCAUGCACAGUUAGCCUACUGCGUGGUGCAGUUCUUGGAGAAGGACCCCACGCUCACGGAGCCGGUGGUGCGUGGCCUGCUCAAAUUUUGGCCAAAAACGUGUAGCCAAAAAGAAGUUAUGUAUCUGGGCGAAAUCGAAGAAGUCUUAGACGUUAUAGAACCUUCACAAUUUACUCGAAUUCAAGAACCUCUGUUUCGACAAAUAUCUAGAUGUGUAUCGAGCCCUCAUUUUCAAGUAGCAGAGCGAGCUUUGUACUUUUGGAACAACGAGUACAUUAUGUCUCUUAUGGAAGAAAACAAUCACGUUAUAAUGCCAAUUAUGUUUCCUGCACUGUAUCGAAUUUCGAAAGAACACUGGAACCAGACAAUAGUAGCGCUUGUAUACAAUGUACUCAAGACGUUUAUGGAAAUGAAUUCGAAACUGUUUGACGAAUUAACGGCUACCUACAAAGCGGAAAGGCAAAAAGAAAAGAAAAGAGAAAAAGAAAGAGAUGAACUAUGGAAACGAUUAGCCGAGUUGGAGUUAAAUCAUAAUAAAAAAGUAACGCCCAUUGCCAAUAGUCCCGCCAAUAAAAAGUGAUACCACAGCCUAACUGUUGCCCCAACCCACAUUUAGCUAUGCGUUGGUGAGUAAUUGACGCAUUCACAGUGUAUGGUAACAGCUCGGAACACUCUAAAUUAUUGUUUGAUUAAUACUUGUUUUUGUUUACUGUAGUUCUAUAAUUUUGAUAGACAUAGUCGAAUUAAGUGUAAUUUUGUGAAGAUAUUUUCUUUGUCGCUUAAUAAAGAUCAUUUAGGUGUCUUCUGUAAUUUUGUGUGUACCGAGCGGGGCCAGAACUGAUGUGGCUAGACAGUUCUCAAAAUGCAAGUGUUAGUUUCGUCAUAUUCAAGGUGUAUUUUUUAAAUUAUUGUGAAUGUAUACUAACUGCCUGUCUUGUGGUGUUAUAAUUGCUGUGAAGGACAGGACGAUGUUAUAAAUAUGUGCUAUAGUAUAACUGGUCAACUGUAAAUAGCUAUGCAACGUGGUUACGGUUUGUGUUUGGACUGCGGUUGAUCCACUUCACUUUCAUUACAUUGCCGACACCUAAGGUGACCGGUCGGAGAUAUUCUGCAAUUAUUUUCUAAUCGUAAUUUAUUUUUAUGAGUGCCAAAAGGACUUCAUCAUAAGUCUGACGUGACUAAAGUUACUAAGCUGAAUUUUUAUGUGAGUAAUAAUGUGAGGAGUUUUAUCUAAUUUGAUCAGCACUUGUGCAGUGUGAAUGAGAAAAAAGCAGGGGUCUUCUUUAGUUUAAUUCCGACAAUCUAUCCUCUCAUCCCUUUAACACUUCGAUGGAUCAUAUAGAAAUUCGGCUAGGAAGAAAUGCCCAGUAUAUUUUGAGUCGAUAUUUCAGGGAAGAAAAACUGAGAAUCUUAUAACAAAAUUGUGUGAACAAUGCAUACAGUGUUUUGUUGUUUGAGAUGUCACUUUAAGUUCAAAUAACAAAAAAGUUUUUAUGUCAGUCUGUUGUUUACAUGUACAGGGUCUUUCAUUAAGGAUAAAUACUGAGAUUCUUCCGUAUCUUGGGAACCUAGGUCGAAAAAUUUGAGAAAAACAGGUUUGUAAGGUAUAUAAGCACUACAUACGAGCCUCAAACGGUAGAUGUGAUUAAUAAUGUUUCUAGAUGUGCCAUAAUUUUCGUUAUUUUAAUAAGGAAGUCGUUAGUUGAAGAAGAAAAAAUGUCUCAAUAUUUAAAUAGAGAUGUUAUGGUAUUUUUCACCAAUGUCUUAUAUUUACAGUUAAUUGAACAGGAGGUCACAAUGAGCUGGGUUGAUUAAUAUACAUUUUUGAACAGACGUGAUACAUAACGUCUAUUGGAAUUUUCGUUUAAUUUUCUACAAAUCAUAAAGUGAAAUUCAGCAUUCUCACCAAGUGCGUUUUGGAUUAGAACAGCUCAAAAAUAACAACUCGGAAAUCUUGUACUACACUGAAGUUACAUCUUUAGGAGAGAAGGAACUGAGAAAAGAUAUGUUUCAUCUGUCAGAUGAUAGUGGCAAUUAAGAAGACAUGAGAGUGUCCAAAUGGAAACAAAGGCUAGAAAACCAUUUUUGAAAAGUAUCUGAUGUGUUAAAUGAAAGUUGAAAAUCAACGACAAAACUACAAGCAUGAACUUAUUUCGUAGAAUUCAAGAAACUACUACCGUUGUUUGAUGUAAACAAUAUUAUACAGGGUUGCCAUUAAACAUAGAAAGAUGAAAAUUAUGUUUUGAGGUAAAAAAAUUGUUUUCAGUGCGACUGCCAUCUUGAAUUUUUUUAAUAAUAGCAACAUAGGUCAAGUGUACAUCAUUGGAAAGUAAAUUUUUUUCCCCUUACUACCUAAACAUGUAUGGUGUUAAAUUAGAAAAACAGAGAAAAAACUCUCUUAAAUGGUUCAUGUUUCAUAAAAUUAAGAUUUAUUUCUCAUGUAAUACAAUAGUUGUAAGGAAAUAAACCAUAUGUCCCGUGUUUUUGUCACUUAUUAAACACAUGUUAAAUGGUUUUUGUUAAUUUUCGACGUUCUAUUAAUUUAAAGGUAUCUAAAUUAAACUGCAAUACAAUAGCAGCCAAGUGUAUGGUAAGGUUUUUCUAAUUUUUCUGCAUUAUUUUCUAAUGUAUCACCAUACAUGUUUUAAGAUGAUGUAUCACAUGAUCUAUGGUGCCAUUUAAAAAAAUUCAAUAUGGCGGCUACACCUCAAAAUAUGUGAACCGAAUUUCAUUCUAAUUUUCAUGUCGUACAUCUCAAACGGUUUGAACGUUAGAGCUUUGAUUACAUCUUUAAUAGUGACCCUAUUCAUUUUAUUUUUUCCAUUAUUGCUAUCUUGAGAGCUAUAAGAGGAUGGUUUAAUUAGCAAACAAUUUCUAUUUUACUUAUUUUAAAUGGGUACAAAAUAGAUAUUUACAUAUAAGUCAGGAAAAUGAUACAUUACUGGCGAGGAAAUAUUGAAAUAGAAGGCCCUUUGUACUAAAUUUUACCCGAAAUCGUAUUUUAACAAAUUUCAAUUUUCGUAUAGAACUUUUGAUUAAUGCUAAUCUGUCAAUGAUGACAGGAGUCAUUAUAGACAUUUAGCAAUGUGACAGGUGCGGCAGGUAAAGUGACAAGAGCGGCCGGUAAAGUGACAGACAGCAGGAAAAGUAUACUGGCCUGCCUCCGUCAUGGAAACUAACACUUUCCUGACAUAAAGUAGGCAUGAAAAUGAAGGUUUCAUGAUGAUUUUGGGUAAAAAUAUUAAGACUUUUUUAAUGAGCCCAAAAAAAUUUUUUCCCAACCAGUGGUUCACAAACUGUGGAUACCAACAACGAAUAACAAAACUCAAGGCGUCUUUCAUCGUCUCCAAGAUGGAAAUGUUGGACUUUUUAAAGUUUAAUUUAUUGCUUUUUAAAAUUGUAUGUACUCUUCUUACACUACACUAGUACUUGGUAGCAGCCAUUCUAAUAGAUGGGAUUUGCUUCAAAAUAGGCCAAAAUCUCUAUUUCAAUAUCAUUAAUUAUGUUGUUUUUGUAUUAGCACAUAAUCUAGCUGAUACAUUCUAACUGCGGCAAAGGUAUUUUUUCUUGCUGAAAUGUACCACUUCAACUUUUUCAUCACGAGUAAAAUUAUGCACUUUUCUAUGAAAUUGAACUUAUUCAGUAAUCACACAAUAAUAAUUCACUAAUAGUACCUUGCAGUUGUAAACAACAUAAAUAGUGCUCUUGUUUCGAUUACAGCACUAGUAAAAUCUGAAUCCAUAUUCUUGUUUCGUCCAUGGCACACUUAUUUUAGCUAUAAUAAAAUAAAUCUAAACAGGCAUUUUUCUCAUAAAAAUUGUUAUCUCACUGAAUUCAGAAUAAAAUUCUUUAUCAAAUAAGGAAAUAACAAAAAUAUAGUUCCAUUUAAAGGAACAAAGUUGGUAUCCACAGUUUGUAAACCACUGGUUGAAAAAAUUUUUUUUCCUGCUCAUUAAAAUAGUUUUGCAAAAUGCUAAUUUAACCAACCUCUCAGCUCUUGUAUAGUUCUCGAGAUAGGAGUCAGUUCAGGCAGUCAUGUCAUGACUAUGACUAAUUUUCUUUUGUCACUAAUUGGUUUUGAAGGACUAAAUUUAUGACAGUAAUAAAAUACCAUGAAAAUCAUGCAUACCAUGCUAUUUCCGAUCAGUACUUUUGGGCUGUAUUGGUACAGGUGAUAGGUCAUUUUAUGUUAAGUCAAUCUCAGAUUUAAAUUAAAUACUAGGCUUGUACAUUGUAUAAAAGGUAUAAAAAAGAUUGGAUAGUUUGCUCUCUUGAAAAAUUUUUUUAAUAGCAUGUCAUUUCUCUGUUUUUUAGUGGAUUACAUAAGGAACAUUUUUCUUUGUAAGAUGAACAGAUAUACUGAAAUUAAAAAAAAAACCUCGAAAUUGUUUUCUUUAUCAAAACCUAUUUUGUCUAUGAAUGAGUUAACAAAUGCAAUAUAACCAAUUAGAUUUUCGUCGCAAGCCUUUGUGUGAUCUCUUAACAAAACAGGUGCAGCAUGUUUGUGUUAAUUGUAGUAGAAAUUGAACAGAAUUAUUAUAUUAAUAUUUUGAUUAUCUGUUUCACACCUACGAAAUGUAGUGUUGACGAUAAGUUCUCCUUCAUACAGCUAUAAUAGGUACACCUCAUUGCGCUAGAAAUGGGUACAUAUAUAAAACGAAUCCCAGUAACUAGACAACUCUACAGUGUACCUGCUCCAAGAUACGGAACUGUGUUAUCCUUAAUGGAAACUACUCUGUAUUUAUUUUCACAAAAAUGUGACUGAUCAAUGGAGGUUUUUGAGAGUCAUUUGUUUGUUCUUCAUUGGGUAUUUGAAUACUUGUGCCUGUUUCUUCUAGUAUAGAGAAUGUGGCCAUAUGAUCCGUGUCUGCCAUGUUUUUUCCAAAUUUGUCAUUGAGCUGAUUGGUUUAUCCGAAUUUGUAGAUUUUACCAUGGUCACAAUAUUAUUCCCACAAUUGUUUCUAGGAAGUUUACUCUUCACCUUGGUUUUCCGGUUAAUUUUUACCAAUCCAGUGUAUUGGUUAAAACAUGGCGCAUCUACCGACUACCAAUAGAAAGUAACAUCUUUAUAGAGUCACUUCUUCACAUUAUAGAUACCACCAUGCACAACACAAUUAACUUUCAAACGCAUAGUUUGCCAAAUGUGUUAUGGUGAAAUAGAUUGGAGCAGUUUUAUACACAAAAAAAAAUGAAACUCCUUGCGUAAUUCCUCACAUAUUUGAACGAGUACGACUUAAAAUUGUUAAUAGAUAAAAUAUCUUUUCUAUUUUAUUUAUUAGACUGUAAACUACAUAAUAUAAGAAUUCACCGAGCACAAAUAUUGCUUAUUCUACGGACCUAAGUGCAUAUAAUAUUAGUUCAAAACGAUAGAUGUAAUAAUUAUACGGAAUUUGUUAACGCACGGCCUGAUCUUUGCUGGUUAUUAUUAGGUUUGUUAUUAAAUUGGCGAAACCAUCACAAUUUUUUGACUGAUUUCACUUUGUCCGCGUCUUUAGUGUAAGUAAAAUUCCAAUCUCAUUUCAAACGCAAUUUUAACCACAGUAAUUUUAUAUGUGCUCUGCAUAAGUUCGUAUGGCUGGUCGGAUGAGUGAAAGAUUAUAUGUAAUGUUAUUGUACAGAUUAGGGCUGUAUAAUUUGUAAAAAUGUGUUUGCGACCAAUUGUGGAAUGCGACCAAUAUCUUUUAGGAUUGAAUUUUUGUUUAAAGAUCGUUUAUUUGUAUUUCAGAAUGACAUUGUGUAAGUGUAGUCGACAUUUUUUUAUGCAGAUACCGCACCUAGAAGCAUUUUUAACGAAUUAAAAUUUUUUAUUCGCUGGAUUGUUGACAAACCAAAAAUUUGAGUCAUAUGUUUUAUUUAACAAACACGAGUAUGACUAUUUAUAUAUAAGGAUCAUCAGUAUAAAAUAUGUAUAGUAGUGUAUUAAAAUUGUACAAUUUAUACAGCCGUAGAAAUUUUUCUAUACAAUGGUGCCACUUCACUACCGAAACUUUUUUAGAAGCACUGUUAUGUUCACCUUAGAUGCUUUAUAUAUAAAAGUAUAUAUAAGGUAAUAAGAUAAUAGCAAAUUGUGUUUUAGGUAGUUAAAUUAUAAAUGACUUAACAUUACGUUAAGUUUUGCAUGACAGCUCAAUUUCUAGUUAUGAUCUGAUCAUGUUGUAUAUUCAUGGAACUUGUUUGCUUUCACUAUUUUUAUGCGGUUGAUUAUGAUUACUUAAAAAAAGAGAAAAUUAUGCUGACGAACAAUCACUACUUGUCCUUAAAUAAACAUUUCAGUUUUUGAAACAAAAAGUAUUAAUUGUCCAGUUUAUUAUUAAUUUAAUAUGAUAUCGGAGGUGGGUUUGCUUCUUAAAAGGUACUUAUCAGGGAAUCAUAUUAAGUAAGAAUUUAAGUAGUGCCUAAUAAUAAAUAACGUGACUCAGGUGUGCUUGUGCAUCCAAAUAUAAUUUUUAAUUGAAAGUAAUUUGUAAAAUUUCGUCCAACGAACGAUAAUAAAUGUGAGUUUCCAAAAUUUAGAAAGUUUCUAUUUUUUUGUAAACUGGAUAAUGUUAAUAAGUCGUUUUUAUUAUGUAAAGUGAAGCUCGAAAAUUAUAAUAAUUGAUUGACGUUUCAAUAUUUAUUAAUAUCUAGAAAUUUGUGAUGUGGUGUGAUAUUCAUAAGAUAUGUAUUGGUUAAGGGAGACGAGUGAACCGAAAGUAAUUUAGUUCCAUGAAUGUCAUGCUGAAAAUUUGCAUAACCAUUGCUACUGUAUGAAAAGAUAGGGCCACUAUAAAUGCCCUUCCCUCAUUAGGCAUAAAGUAAUGUAAUAUAUCUAAAUCACUAUAAAACUUGUAGAUAUAUGAAAAAUAUAUUGUUAAAUUUC